GGACCCUACCAAUCCCAUUAUUUAUAGCAAUGUUCCCUACUGAAUGAUCGAUCAUCCACCAUCACUCAUUACAUAUAUACUCCCCUUCUCUCUCCCUCACCCCAAAUACAAUACUUAUGAUACUAUAACACAGCACAAUACAAGAUAUCAUCAAUGGCACUUCAAUUUCAUCUCAUCAUCAAUACAGUGCUUCUUCUCCUCCUUCUCCUUCUGAUUAUUCUUCUGCCAUUAGCCCAUGGUGGGCAACGGCCACCCUCCCCUGGGUACUACCCCAGCUCCCGGUUCCGGUCCAUGAGCUUCCGCCAGGGCUAUAGAAAUCUCUGGGGUCCAAACCACCUCAGUUUUGACAACAAUGGCAUCAACAUUUGGCUUGACAGGAACUCAGGAAGUGGGUUCAAGUCGGUGAAGCCUUUUCGAUCGGGGUACUUCGGAGCAUCCAUUAAGCUCCAGCCAGGUUAUACUGCAGGAGUUAUUACAGCUUUCUACCUUUCGAAUAAUGAAGCCCAUCCGGGGAACCACGAUGAGGUGGACAUUGAGUUUCUAGGGACCACGUUUGGGAAGCCUUACACACUCCAAACGAAUGUGUACGUCCGAGGAAGCGGUGAUGGAAGAAUUAUUGGAAGGGAGAUGAAGUUUCAUUUAUGGUUCGAUCCCACUCAGAGUUUUCAUCAUUAUGCCAUUCUCUGGAGCCCCAGAGAGAUCAUAUUCUUGGUGGAUGAUGUGCCAAUAAGAAGGUAUCCAAGAAAGAGUGAUGCCACAUUCCCACUUAGGCCAAUGUGGGUUUAUGGGUCGAUUUGGGAUGCUUCCUCGUGGGCCACUGAGGAUGGCAAAUACAAAGCUGAUUAUAGAUACCAACCCUUCAUCGGAAAAUUCUCCAACUUCAAGGCCACCGGCUGCUCCGCCUAUGCCCCGGCCAGGUGCCGCUCGGUCUCCGCCUCGCCCGCCCGGUCCGGCCGUCUGACGUGGCAGCAGAACAGGGCUAUGCAGUGGGUGCAAAGGCAUUAUAUGGUAUAUAACUAUUGCUUUGACCACAAGAGGAACCAUGCCCUAACACCCGAAUGCUGGACUUAAUCUUCGAUUAAAUUAAAUUAAAUUAAAUGAAGGAUUGAUUGUUCAUCAUCAUAUAUAUAUAUAUUACCCAUGUCCUGACCACAUACAUGCACACAUUACAGAUAUAUAUAUAUAUAUAAUGUAUAGAGAGAGAGAGAGAGGAAGAGGGUCUUUACUUUUCUCUUUUAAAGCAAAAGAUGGUUUCUUGAUGAUCCAAGAAAUAUAUCUAAAAUUGGAAAUGAAUGGUGUUUGCUCUUUCAUCCUUAAAUUGGAUAUGUUGAUGCGUUUUUUAUUACUAGGAGAUUUAAGGGUUGAAUUAAGUAUUUUUCACUGACAUUGACUCUCAUAGAUUCUUUCGUUCAAUUCAGUAAAUUGACUCAUGACUGUGGGAUCUGUGAAUUUGUUCUUCUCGACAAAUUCAAAUUAUUGGAGGAUGUGAGUGAGUAUGACUUGUAUUCAGACAAACCUGUGGCUGGGGGCCAAUGUAAUUUAUACCCUAAGGUGGGGUGGGCUGGGGGUAUUUUUAUUU